UUCUCUGCUUCGUCGAUGUGCCCUUCGGGCGAUCACGGUGGUGUACCAGCGAAGUCGGCGGAGUCUCAUGUCUUGUCAUUCAUUUGGUAUGCGGCUAACAAGUCUAGCAUGAGGAAUGUGGCAAGCAGGUUCGACCUGGCGGAGAGCUCUGUGCAUCGUAUGUUGCAAAGGGUUGCAGAUUUCAUCAUUGAAAUGGGACCAACUGUCCUCACGUUUCCUGAUGACAUGGAAAAGCUGUCUAGGGAUUUUGAGAAGGUGUCUGGGGUACCUGGUGUGGUUGGCUGCAUAGAUGGAUCCUACAUCAAAAUCCAGUGCCCAAAGAAGAAGGUUGCAGCUACAUACUGCAACAGGCAUCACUACCUCUCCAUCACUCUACAAGCAGUCUGUGACAACAGAAGACGUUCUGUUGACGUACUUGUAGGGAGCUCAAGCAGAACCCACGACGCACGUGUUUUCCGCCAGUCGUCCUUGACCACUAAGCUUCCAGGCCUGUGUCAGGGUGACAAGUGCCAUCUCUUGGGUGACGCAGCCUAUCCUUUGAGACAAUAUCACCUGACACCCUACAGGGACUACAGGAACCUCUCAAAAGCCCAAAGGGAGUUCAACAAGAAGUUCUCAGCAACCCGUGUGCUGAUAGAGAAUGCCUUCAGCAGUUUGAAUAAACGCUUCCGUCAACUCAUGUACUUGGAGCUGCACACGGUUGAUUGGCUCAACAAAUUUAUAGUCAAGUGCUGCAUUUUGCAUAGUUUCUUUGUCUCUACAAAUUCUGCACCAGCUAAAUCACGAAAAACUACGAGCGACGCAUGUGACUGCAAUUACGAUGCUGGCAGUUCGUCAUAAAAAUGGAGGACGCUUGCAAGAUACUAUGAAUCGUGCGGAAUAAGGGCCAGCGCGACUGAAGUGAGAAACGCUGCAAAUACAUGAAUACUGGGGGCCUGGCAAAAAUCAGCAAAGCUGCUACACAGUUCCCACAGAAUUCCCAGUUCACUCACAAUUGGCUUUGGGAUGGACAGGAUUGCUGACAGUUGAUGCCAAAAAAUCGGUUCAGUGCAGUCUACAGAAUGCAAAAAAGAACGCCGCCGAAGCCCAUGGGGCACCAAGAACUGAUGUGGGAAGAAAAAGACACCACGACAGCGAAGACUUCUCCGAGUCAGACGUUUCGGACUCUGAAU